AAGGGCCAUCCUGACUAAACAGGGGACUGUGUCAUUAGAGUGUAAGGUGGUCGGUGUGCCUACACCGGUGUUGAGGUGGUUUAAGGAUAGCCGAGAAAUCAAAGCGGGCGAUGUGUUCGCAUUAACAGCAAGCGCAGAAGACCCCACUUCGCUCGGCACAUACACUUGUGAAGCCGUCAACUGUAUGGGCAGAGCCUACUCUUCAUCCAAAGUCCACGUCACGAGAGGCCGCGAUGAAUCGAGACCGAGUUCUGCCGUCACCCCUGAGCCGCCUCCGAUCUUCACCAAAGAGCUUGAAGACCAGUUCGUCAAGAUCUGCGAACACCUUACACUAAGUUGUCACAUCGUCGUACCACCUUGGCCUAGAAGCGUCGUCUGGUAUAACAAAGAGGGCAAAAUUGAGCCUGGAGAGAGGUACCAUGCAACAGAAGACGGUGUAGGCGGGUACCUGCUAGAAGUACAGUCAGCUGAGUGGCCCGAUGGGGGCGAGUGGAAGUGCGUGGCCACCUCGGCAGGGGGCAGGGUCGGCAUAUCCACCUGCCAUGUCGUCAUGGAUGUCCCGAAGAACUACCGGAAGCCACGUUUCAUGGAGAACCUCCAGGCUGUGCUCACGGACGAGGGUCUGGUCUCCUUCGAGUGCAAGGUGGUCGGCUUCCCAACCCCAGUGCUGAGCUGGUUCAAGGAUGGCCAGGAGCUGAAGCCAGGAGAUGUUUACCAACUGACAGGCACCAACUCCCUAGGUUCCUACUGCUGCAUCGCCCGCAACUGCAUGGGUCAGGCCAGCAGUUCGGCCGAGCUGACGGUAGAAGACAUCCAGAACCAGCUGAACGAGGACGAGAGGCUCCAGCUGUUCACGAAACACCAGGCGCCCAAGUUCGUCCAGGGCUUGCAGAGUUCUGAGGCGCGGAUUGAUGAGCCAUUCCAUUUCACUAUUAAAGUUGCCAUUCCACCCGAGCCGACGGUCCUGUGGUACCGAGAUGACCAGCCCGUGGACGAGUCCCCCCGCUGCCACCUCGCCAAGGAGGACCGAGGCAUCUUCACUCUCGACAUCAAAAACUUGGAGUUCCUCGACCAGGCCGAGUGGAAGUGCGUCGCCAUGAACGAAUUCGGCCACAGCGUCACCUCCUGCUUCCUCAAACUGAUUAUCCCUAGACACUUUAAGAAACCAAGAUUCUUGGAAAACCUUCAAGCUAUUCUCUCUGAGGAAGGCGCUGUGAACUUAGAGUGCAAAGUCAUUGGUGUACCGCAACCUGUCCUCAAGUGGUAUAAGGACGGCGAAGAGCUGAAGCCUGGGGAUAUACACAGAAUCAUAUCUGGACAGGAUGGUACUUGUUGUUUAGGAACAUACACUUGUGAAGCGCAGAAUUGUAUGGGAAUCGCCGCCAGCUCCGCCUCGCUUCUCGGCUUCGACGACUCAAUGAAGGCCAAGAAGAAAAUAGCAGACGAACAAGCAUUGCAAAGAAAUUUGUCGCUUAGUACGAUACACGAAGAACGAACCUCGCAGAUGUACGAUACCCCGGUUGGAGAUAUAACUCUUGACGAUAAAGGAGAGAUUUCAUUUUCGUUUGAUGGAAAAGAAGUCUCCGUAUCGUUGUAUGAGACCCCGGAUUUAACUGAAGAAGAAGCACUUCAAAUAGUCGAGAUGUAUGCUGAUCAGCUAUCCGAGAAUGUUACUGAACAUAAUGUAGUCGAGCUGCCACCGCUUAGGUUUGUUAAAGAAACAUCAACUUCAGGCAAUCUGCUCAUGGAAGCUAUCAUAAUUGAUGUGUCUCCAGAAUACUUUGCAUCGCCUGAAGAAGAUUUAAGAACGGAAGCCGAUGUAGAAGAUAUUUCAAUAGCAGAUGAAAAUGGCGCACCUCAACUAUCAUUAGACACAGAUUUAGGCGAAGACUAUUUAGAAAAAACAAUGGCUCUAUUAUCAGAUGAAAAGUCUGAUAUGCCUAAAAAGACAGCUAGAAAGAAGUCAGAUUCUCUAAGAAGUGGAGAAGAUUUCUUCAGUUUAUCUCGAGAACAAUCAAUCUCUGAAGAUAAAAGAGAUGAUGAUACGCAAGUUAUGUCUGAAAGUGAUUUGGCUAGUUUUGCCAGCGCACGAAGUUACGGUAAACAUAGAUCUAAAUCUUCUCGACGAUCAAUUGAUGAUGGUAGAGAAUCGUCAGAAACGAAGACCAUUCUACAUAAAGUUGAUGUAGAAGAGGUUAGGGAAGUAAAAUCUGAAAUGAAAGAAAUCAAGACCGAAAUACAAGAAACUGAACAGAAAAGGGCUGAGACGGAAACCCCUGUAAUGAAGCCAAAGCGAGAACGGCGAAGUAGUCGGGGUUCUCGACGCUCUAGCUCAGGUAGCGAGAAGUCUUAUAGCAAGGCUAGAGAAGAGCUGUUACAAGUAAGAGCAGACGUAGAGCCCAAACCUAAAAUGACGGAUGAAGAAUUCAAGAGCAAAGUUACUGAAGUUAGUUCAACAAUAUCUAAGGUUAUUAAUGAUGUACAAAUCAUUGAACGAGAUAUAAUAUUGAAAUCAGAGUUAAUGUCAUCAGCUGCUACAGCUUCAAGAAGUUUAGAGAUCAUAAGCAGUCUGAUCACCCCUCUAUCUGAAAUACACAGUAUAUCAGAGGCUGCCAAGGAAUCUCUACAAGCUAAAGAAGUUACUACUAUAUUCAACAAUCUGCCUCAAUCGAUGAAAGCUUUACAACAAUCCCUAACAAUAGUUGAAAAAUGUAUCGAUGUGGAAAGCGAAAAUAAGACUCUAGUAAAGAAAACAUGUGUGGCAUUUAUAGAGACCUGUGGAAAUGAAAUUCAAAAAGUUAUGUCGGAUAUUAACUCCGUCACAUUGACAGACUAUCUACAGGCAGAUGAAAGCGUAAUAAGAGAAAUUCAAACUUUAACAAAAGAAAUGACAAACGUUAUAAAGUAUUCAUCAGAUACUAUUAAAACAAGAAACCUUUUAAACGAAGCAAGUGAAAUAAAGACGGAAGAGACAUCAAUAGAUGCAAAACACCUUAAGGACACUCAAAAAGCUGUGUUUGAGUUAAGAAGCCCCGUUAACUCCUUACUCUGCAUAGCUGAGAGUGCAGAAAGUGGAAAAAUGAUUGAUGUAACGAAAAUAAAAAAUAGUGAAGUAAUACUCAAUGACAUGUCUGCCUCGAUACAAGACUUACAAGUAGCUUUAGAGCAGAUAGAGUCACUAUCAGUUAAAGAAUCAACGACCUCGUUAAACAAGUACAAUACGGAAAUAAUUGAAACAGUUAUGGAUUCCGUUCUAAAACUGAGGAUGUCAUUUGAACAGUUGUCAACGGAAACAAGAAGUGAAGACGAUAAGCUAGUUUUGAAACAGGCUUUAACAUCUAUAAAACAGACUUUAAGUGAGAUUUCAACACACAUUGAUAAAAUAGAGAGUAAUGUUGGUAGAUUCGAUAUCCUGCAAAGCGACAAUAAACUGGAAGUCUUACAAAAAAUGGCUCAAAUACUUAUAGCAUUAGAAAAUAAUUUACCUCGUCUUGAAUGUUUACCAGAUGUCAAGCUACAUUUGGACCUAUUCCAUAAAAACUUAACGAAAGUUUUGGAAAAUGUAAUUGAAAGUAAUGAAGCAAAGAAAUAUUUCUCUUUGACAGAAAUAUGUGAUGUUGUUAACAGAGUAAACGCAGCUAUGAAAAUUAUAGAUUCGGACAGCAUAUUGUCUUUGGCAAGUCUCAAUAAUACGAUGAGGAUAGUCCAAGAUCACUUUAUUAAUAAUAUAUUUGAUUCCGAGCUGAAUUGUGCUACAUUGAGCAAUAUCAGUGAUGUAUUGGUGAAUAUACAAGAAGCUAUUAAUCAAGCUGAUGAAGUCAGCUUACACAUUGACUCGGAACAUAUUAUUACACAAGAUAUUUCGUCGUACGAAACUGGUAAAGCCGUUGUUGCUUUAGAGCGUAUAGAACACACCAUAGCAGCUAUAAAUAAAGUUAGAUCUCUUGAAUGUGCACAAGAACUAAAAGACGCCAUUACACCAGUUCUAGAAAAUGUAUGUCCAGUUUUAGAAGAGCUUAAGCGAAGCGUAGCAUCCAUUGCUUCAGGACAAGUUGAACAGGAUGAAAAUGUUUCUGAGAUGUCAGAUGUGCAGUCAGUAGUGCAUACUUUAGCCACGCCUCUCUGUGAACUAAAUGAAAAUAUUAUGGUAAUUAAUCAAACAAUAGUAGAACAUAUUGAGAGCUUGAAAGAAAACAGUGAAGUCUUUGUGACAGUUGCAGAACCACUACAUGAAUUGCACACAACACUUGAGACAUUACAGCAAGUUGUUAUAUCGCAAUACGGAGAAGAUGUGACGCCAUAUGAAGUAAGUGUGAAUAUGGCAAAUGCUGUUCAAAAUCUUCACAGCUGUAUUAUAAUGAUCCGCGAACAAGGUGGCGUAGAAAUUGCUGAUGAAAUGUCGACUCUAGAAGACAUAUCGGGCAUAAAAACAACUGCUGAUACUUUACCUUCAGACCGGUUAGUAUUACCUGAAGCUGCAGAAACAACCGCCGAGCAUGCAGUUAGUUCUUUACACCAAGACAUUGUACCAUCUGCUACAGCUCAAGCGUUACAGUCUCUAAAUGAUCACAUCACAGUUUUACAGAAUCCUGAUGUAAUUGAUGCUUUGGACACAUUAUCUGAAGUUAGCGAUUACUCAAGCUUAAAAUCUGUUGCGUUAGGCUUAGGAGAGCUUCAUUCUGGCAUACAAGAGAUCUUGCAUCCCUUUAUUUUGGAGACUUCAGAUGAAAUGGCUCAUUUAAAUACGUCGAAGUUAAUGGCCAUUGCAGAACCUAUGCAAGACUUACAGCAAUGUUUGUCUGUACUAGAUGUUACUAAUAUACCAAUAUACGAACACAUUCUUGAAAUGGCAUCAGACAAAAUACAUUCCGUUUUUCAAAAUAUCGCAGAAUUCAAAGAAAAUCUCGACAAAUGUAUUCAUGCUGUAUUCCCUGCGAUGGAGACUGCCGAUAAAACAAUUGAAAUAUCAAAUAAGGUCGAAAGUUUACGCGCUGUGUGUGAACAUCUGAAGGAUAUAAUUGAAAAUACCAAGGCUAUAUCAACUGAAGCACCAGUUAAAGAAGAGGUUAUUGCUCUUGAAGAGACAGUAAACAACUUACUAGAUGCGACAGAUGUAUCUAAGGGAAUAAAGAUAGAACAAGUCAAAUCAGUUACUCAAGAACUGUAUGAAAAUGUAAUUAACGUACAAGAAGAACUUAUUCAGUUUACAUCUCAGGCGCCAGAAAAAUUAGCCCAGGAAGCAAACCUGAUACAAGUUAUAGAUAAAGUUGAACGAAACAUAGCUGUUUUAGAAGAAUAUGAUUUUGUUGAUUUAUCAAGAGCUUCCGAUAUGUCGUGCGCUUCGCCCCAGAUAGCUCUCGAGAUAGAAACAGAUGCACUGAUACAAAUGGAUGAUGUAGUGCAAUGUGCUGUCGGUAUUAUUCAAGAUUCAAGUAAUGAAACACCCGUAGCCGACUUGAUGAUGGUAGAAGACUUCUUCAAAAACUGUAAAAAUGAGUUUGCUCUGCUUCGGUGUUUGCUGACUAAAAAGCUGAGCCAUAAGAGGAUCAUACGGCUAUUGCAGGAAUUUAAUGCUUUAAAACAAACUAUCAACGAUUUUAAAGUAAAACAAAAUGAACUCCACCUAGCUGAAGAUAUUAGUAACUCUCUAAAUACAUUUUUUGGCUAUUGCAAUGAAUCCCUGAACAGCGUUCAAGAUUCACUCAUUAUGAUAGUUGAUUCGCAAUCUGAUUUACUUUUCAAGGCACCUAUUACUAAGCUUGAUGCUACAAAAGAGGUUCUGAGUGAAAUUCUUGCAAGCAGUAAAUUUACACCUUUGGAAGAUGUGGCCCAACGGUUUGUCAAUAUUAUAGAGAUUGCAAAGCCUUGUUUGCAGAGAGUCGAAACUGUCAUCCACGAAGAAAUUAAAUUUAAUGCAACAGUUGUUGAAGAUAAGGCUUUACUGGCGGCGAUGGACGAUGCAGAAACAUUUAUAGAAGAACAAAUACUAACCAAGUCUGAGCUCACAGUAGAAUCUAGAGAAAUAUUACAAAAAGUUUUAGACUGCAUUCAAAAACACCACGAUUAUAAGGAUGCCACAGGCACGGGUAAAACGCUCAUACUCCUUAAGUGUCUCGCUGAGUGUUCUGAUAUUUUGCAAGAAAGUAUGUCGGAGUCCAAACUAGAAAUAAAAGAACACAAAUUCGAAGAUACAGCUUUAAAAAAUGUGCUAGCAGAAAUGUUGGCUCCUCUUCAAGCAUUACAUCAUCAACUCCUGAAUAUACAGGAGCAAGUAUCAACUGGAAUGGAAGAUGAAGUGGUGUCAGUUGAUCUAACCUCAACAGAAUCAUUUGCACAAGCCAUGGGUGAAAUACAACAAGAUAUAAAACAGUUAGAACAGCACGUGUCAGAGGGCACUGUAGUCGAUAGCGCUGAAAAGACAAUGAUACUGGAACUGGAUAAAGAAAUUCAUACAAUACAAGACAGUAUAAAUUCCAUUGAAAAUGUUACAAGUGAAGACAAGGAAAAGGUUUCCAAGCCGAUGGCGGAAAUAGAAAAAUCUUUGAAAACAUUGCUGGAGACGGAGAGUAAGGCAGCGGCAAAGGAUAAGACUCCUGGCUUGCUCCAAAGUGUCGACAAAUAUAUCGAACUCAUUGAAAUUGUUGAAGAAAUAUCAACCAUCAUGAACAUUGAUAAUGUUAAUGAAUCUGCAAAACUUGCUCAAGAAUUACGUGAAAGUGUAGUCAGUAGUCAAGUUGAACAACGGGAUGCCACGAAGGAGCUUAGUGAAGAAAGUAGAGAGAUAAGUAUGCAACAAGCUAUUAUAGCUAUGAAAUUAAAAGACGCGCUCACGUCUAUUCAAGUGCAAGUUAUAGAGAGUACAAAGGAGUUAGAGCCUGAGCUUAAAAAUCAGGUUGUACUCCGAAUCGAGCAAGCUGCUGAACAGUUACAAGAUUUAGCCACACUGGCAGAAGUUCAUGCCGAGGAACCUAAACCAAUCGAAGUUUCUGCCGAAUCAAAUAAAACUGAUACGGAAACAAGAGAAGGUAAAUUUCCAGUCGAACAAAUUGUAACAAAUGUGACUGAAGAUGUAAAAACUGAGACGGCUAUGAUUUCUGAAAUAAAACAAUUAGAUGAAGCUAAAGGAAUUGAAGAAAUGAUUAUGGAACAAGUUGACAGUGAAAAAGCUCGUCAAGUUGAAGAAGAUACAAAGGAAGUAUUGGAAAAGACCCAAGUGGCAGAUGAAAUAAAGGUAUCUCAAAAAUUAGACGCUGCUGAAGAAAUUAAACCAGCGCCAGUGAUUGGUGAGAUUUUCGAAAUUAUAACGACAGAACAACUUUCAACAAUUGAAACUUGUGUUUCAAUUAUUAUUGAAGGUAAAACUGACCAACUUGUUACAGAGCCUGAGAAAGCUAAAUUAGUUGAGGAAGAAAAAGAAGCAGCUGCCAUGAAAGAAAAGAAAACGGUGGUAUCUGCAGUUGAACUUGUGCAACGCAUCGAUGAAUACCUCACUCAGGAUUUGGAACAAACCGAUCUAGCCGGUGACAUAAAUGAAAAAACUAAAAUCGUUAACAUAGCUAACGAAUUGCGUGAAACUCUAAAUGUUGCUGAAACCAGUGAACAAGUGGAACUAAUGAGAGAACUACAUGAUUUAGUUAUUAAACAAACUGAACAUGUAUCGGCGUCAAUAACUGACGUCAGUGAGCAAUCAUCUAAUGUUACAAUACGUUUAUGUGAAACUUUAGCUAGUGUAAUAGAUUUAUGUCAAAAAGAUAUUGAAAAACAAGAAGAAAUAACAGAGCUAACUAAAGAAGAACUAAGUAAAGAAAUUGGUAAGGAAAUAGAAGAAACUAUUUUAGAAGAAAUAUCUAAAGAUACGACCCAAGAAGAAGUGGUAUGUAAGAAGUCAGUCAUUGAGAGAAUAGAUCAAAGCUCUAUUGAAGAAAGCCAACAAAUGGACGUUGUCGAACAUAAAAUCGACGUAACUGCAGUUGAUGAGGAACAUACAAUCAAAGGAGUUGAGGGAGAGGUAAAACCAGAACAAGAUCAAGUUACUGAAUCUCACGCAGCUGAAGUAAAUUUGAUGGAGCCACCCACUGAAACACAUGAGCUUGUUUCACCAGAAUUUGCAUCAGACCAAUUGGCUGCAACUGUUGAUUCGGAACAAAACAAAUUCGAAAGCGCUAGCGCUGGUGAAAAAGUUAUCAUUGUUGUAGAUGACAAGAAAGUCAGCCAGCCAGAGCCAUCUGCUGAAACAAGUACUUCCUUCAUAGAAUUAAAGGAUAUUGCACCUGAAAUAAUUGAGGAAAAAGAACAGGUUUUAGCAGAAUCACUGAAACUAGAAACAUCGAUGGACAGCCAAAAAGAAGAGAAAGAAAUAACUUCUGUCCAAGUCAAGCAAAUCGAAGACGGCUCCCAAGAACUUAGUGCUAUUUCCACAGUUGAGCCUAAUUCAGAAGUACAAGAAGCCAUUUCAACCCCUGUAGAAGUCACAGAUGAUAAAAUAAUAGCUUCUAAAGCUGCAGAAAUUUCAGAAGUUGCUCCUGAUGAAGUGCAUGAUAUGGAAACUAGAGAAGUUAAAAAGCCGCAAACUAUUGAGCCUGUAGAAGUAACAGAAGCGGGACUCGAGAAACCUGAUGUAAUAGAAGCCCGUGAAGUAGAUACAAGAAUUUUGCCAGAACUCCAAGUUGUAGAAGCAACGGAAGAAACCAUACGAGAUCUGGUUGUAUCUACUGUUGAAGAUAAUCUGGCGCUUGCAACGUCCAUAGAGACAUUAGUAACACACUUAGAUGAAUUCAUAGCCGAAAGUUGUAAGACUGUCGAUGUAUUCGUUAUGAAUAAAGAAUUGGAAGAAUCGUUAUCACUGGCAAAAUUAUUGGAACAUGAUCUCAAAGAUAAGCAUCAAAAGGAAGUAGUUAACGAAAUAGGCGAACAACAGAUCAAGUUAUCCAUUGAACUAAAGGAGGCCUUGAACCGAAUAGAAAUUGUUGCACUUGAGAAUGUUGGAGAUGGAGUAAAUACAGAGGAAUUAAUUAAAAAAGUAGCAGAAGUUAUGGACGUUUUAAGAUCUGAUUUGGACGGUAUUAUUAAAAUAUCACAAGUAGCCAUACAAGAUACUGAGACGAACGGAAAUGAUCAAGUCGUGCCUCAUACUGGAGAAGAAAAUCAAAUACAUAAAGAAUUUGUGGCUGAGAGUGCAUUUGCAGAACAAACCGUUGCAACAGCAGAUCAUUCAGUUGAGAAUGUACUAGAACUGAUAGUUGACAAUGAUGAACCUGUAGCAGAUGCUUGUGAAUCCAAAAUCAAACCUGGAGAAUUGCCUGGAAAGCCAAAAGAUUCUGAAAGUGAAAUUAUUCCAGAAAAAUCGGCAGAUAUUCAUACAGCUGAAUUACAAAAAGAAAAGGCAAAUGAUUUGGAAAUCAAAGAAAUAGUUAUACCUAGUUUCGAAACGUUUAUGCAACACAUUAACGAGUAUGUGUCUGAAAAUGUGUCAGACAUUUUACAUACAUUAUCAAAUAUUGUACAAAGCGAGGCGAUGACGCAAUCCAUAACAAUCGCUAAAGAAGUGCAGGAAAGUUACCAUAAUAUUGAAAAUAUUCAAGACUUAGAUAAGAAAACUGUAGAAAAAAUAGAAGUUCUUGAAAAACUCCAAAAUGCAUUAGUUGUUUUACAAGCUUACACUAAUGAUGCCACAGAAGAUCUCAAAUCGAACCUUGGAGAGGGUUUAUCUGAUUUAGCUAAAUUAGCAACACACCUCAGCGCUGAUUUAGAAUCAGUAGUAUCACAAGCCAAAUUAGUUUUAUCUGAGACAACUACAGACAAUUCUACCGCAACGCAUGUAGUUGACAAAAUUUCAGGAGAAACUACAUCUGAAGAUUUUACUGAAAAACAAACUUCUAAAGAUAUUCAUCGGUCUGAUAAGUUAGAAAAAAAUUACUUAUCGGAACAACUAAAUUCUCAAGAUCAGCCCAAAUCUGAACAACCCGUACUCGAAGUCGCCAACAUAUCUGAAAAUGCGCCUACUGCAAGUGAAGCUGAAAGCGUAGAUCAAGUAGCGUCACUAGAAUUAUUAACAACAUCAGUAGGUGAAGCAACAGAAAGACUGGCGGCCAUAUUGACACAAUCAAUCAGGGACGAAGAAUUACAAAAUCUCGAAGAUCAAAACGAAAGUCAGCCAUUUGAAAGUAUAGCAUGCGUGAAUGGCACAAAUCUUAGUGCGAUUGACUAUCAAGUCCAUGAAGAAAGUGUAACCACCGCAAUAAAGACUGGGGAUAUGAAAGAUGAAACAACUGAAACUAAAGUGAAAAUGCCAAUUGAAACACUUUUGCAACACCUCAAUGAAUACACAACCGAAAUCACACACACACUACAAUCUAUACCACUUGAUACUGAAAUCGUCGACGGAUCGUUACAUUCGGCAUACGAUUUAAUCAUGAUUAUUUCGGAUAUCGAUGCUGUUGAAGAAGAUCAUGGUAAAUAUUGUGAACUGACUGACAUAAAAUCUGGUCAAAAUAAACAAGUCCCUUCUGUAACAGAACAUGUAGAUCAAGAUAGUGAAAAUAAAGUAACUGUUACAAAUGUUGAAGUAGUACAACUACAAAAAGACCAAACAGACGUUUUAGUACAGACUAAAAGUAUUGUUGCCAAUAAUACUGCAGAUAUAACAAAACUUGCUACGAAACUUCAAACGGCUUUGAGUGUCAUCGAAACAUUCGUCCUAGAAAAUAUCGCAGAAAAGCCUGAUUUGCAAAACUUAACUGCUGUCGUUACAAAUUUAAAGUUGGACUUAGAAAAUCUUGAACUUACAUCUAUUAAAAAAGAACAAAGAGAUGAAAACGCUACAACUUCGAUUACAGUGGAGGAUAUAAAUAAAGGGUCAGAAUUGUUUUCAGAAGUGAAUAUUAAAUUAGAAAAAAAUGAAGUUAAGGAAACAGAUACUGAUACUGAUCUUUCCAUUGUUUUGGUUAAAAAAGAUAAACCCAUAUCUGAAACGAAUGUGCAAGAAUGCAUUAGUAUUACAGCUGAAGAAAACACUGAAAGUAAAACUGUAGGAGAUAAACAAUAUUGUGAAGAAGCAGUUACAAAUGUUACAGUUGAUUUAGAUUCUGCCGCAGACUUAUUCGAAGAUGCUAUUGUCAUGGAAACUCCUACCCUAUUAGAAUCAAUUGUUGGUAAAAAAGAUGUUACUAUUGAAACGCCUGUGGCAUUCGACACUACUUCAGAUUUAUUUGAAGAUGCUAUUUCUAUGGAAUCACCAACAGUAUUGGAAACAUCAGUCAAAAAAGAUGAGGUAAUUAUUGAAAUUCCAACUAUUUUGGAAUCAGCUACAGAGGUACAAUUUAUGGCUGCUAAAGAUAUGUUAACAAAUGUGUCAGAAAAUCCACACCAAACGGAACAAGUUGUAACUGAGACAGCGACAAUUUUAGAAUCUGUCACUAAAAAAGAAGAUUUAGAUAUAUCUACGGUAGAUUUAGAGCCUUCCAUUGAAACAAAUGCUUGCAUGUUAAGUCCAACAAUCUUGGAAUAUUCAACCGCUAUUUCAGAAGAAAUUACAGCUUUAAUACCCACAGCUACGGAAACUGCGGUUGACAAAGUUGAGAUUAAAUCCACUACAGUAUUAGAAGAGCCUGCUGUCUCAAUUGUUACAGAGCAAGUUGCGGCGGAAUCUGUAAAAAUCUUAGAAACAACUGCUAUUAUAAAAGAAGAGGAAAAAAUAUCAGAUUUAGCUACUUUAGAUAUAGUUCACGUAGCAAUUUCAGAAACGCCUGAUAUUUUAGAAACUACUAAGGAUAUUCCCGAGAAACACCAUUUGGUAGAGUCAACUGUUAUAGAGAAUUCGUUUAAUAAAGAAGAAGCGUUGGUCGAAUUAUCUGACGUUAUACAAAUUGCUGCUAAUUUGGAGUUAGAAGCAAAAAUAAGUACAUGUGAAAUAACCGAAAUGGCCACAGAAUUGUCACAAAGUUUAUCUACCCCAGGACCUACAGAUACAACAGAGCAAGAACUAUCACUUGAACAUUCUGAAGCAUUAGUAAUAGAAACGCCCGAUAUUUUAGGAACAACUGCUGAAGUACUUAAAAAUGAAUGUUCACAAGAAACACCCAUGAUCAUAGAAAAUACUAAAGAAAUAGAAGCAGUUUCAGUAGAAUCAGUUACUAUCUUAAAAUCCACGCAAGAAUUAGACAAAAUUGAAGCGGAAAAAACGCAAGCUAUUAUAGAGUCGUCAAAGGAUUUGUUAGAAACAACAUUAACAAAUGAAAUACAAAACUUUACCGAGCCUAUCCUUGAUAAACAACUUAGUACAGAGGAAUCGCAAAAUAUUGCAGAAAAUUUAACUGAUAUGGAGCCGUCAGCUAUUGCGUCAACCUUUGAGGUUACAGAAACAUUAAGUGAUUCACUAGACAUGGUGAUUGCAGUAGAAACACUAGCUGUAACAGACAUUAAUGCAGAACAAGUUACAGUAGAACCUACUACGGUAUCUACUAUGGAUACAGAUAAAGCGAUCAUAAUGGAAACAGCUGUUUCAGAACCAACGGAACAAUUGGUGGAUAGCAUGGCGUUGGUGGAGACGCACAGUACCAAGGAAAGCAGUAUAAUUACAGAACAGACUUUAGUAGAUACACCUACUGUAUUAGAAUCUGUAAGUGAUUUUGAUAAAUUGGAUGUGAGUGAAACAACUGAUGCAGGUGAAGCAAGCUCUGAUUUGAAUCAGUCUACUAUUACAGAAACCCUGACUAUGGUACAUUCAGAUGUAGCAGAACCUACUAAGGAAUCUACUAUGGAUACAGAUAAAGUAACCGUAAUAAAAACAGCUGUUCUAGAGACAACAAAUGAAUUGAUCGAAAACGUGCCGUUGAUGGAGACGCCCAAUACCAUGGAAAGCAGUAUAAUUUCAGAACCGACUAUAGUAGAUACACCUACUGUAUUAGGAUCUGUAAGUGAUUUGGAUAAAUUAGACGUGGCUGAAACAACUGAUGCUGUUGAAGCAAGCUCUGAUUUGAAUCAGGCUACUAUUAUAGAAACUCCAACUAUAACUCAUUCAGAUGUAAUAGAACCUACUAUGGAAUCUACUAUGGAUACAGAAAAAGUAACCGUAGUAGAAACAGCUAUUCUAGAAACAACAAAUGAAUUGGUGGAAAACGUACCGUUGAUGGAGAUGCCCAAUACCACGGAAAACAGUUUAAUUACAGAACCGACUAUAGUAGAUACACCUACUGUAUUAGAAUCUGUAAGUGAUUUGGAAAAAUUGGACGUGACUAAAACAACUGAUGCUGUUGAAGCAAGCUCUGAUUUGAAUCAGGCUACUAUUAUAGAAACCCCGACUAUGGUACAUUCAGAUGUAGCAGAACCUACUAUGGAUACAGAUAAAGUAAUCGUAAUAGAAACAGCUGUUUUAGAAACAACGGAUGAAUUGGUAGAUAACGUGUCGUUGAUAGAGAUGCCCAAUACCACGGAAAGCAGUUUAAUUACAGAACCGACUAUAGUAGAUACACCUACUGUAUUAGAAUCUGUAAGUGAUUUGGAAAAAUUAAAUGUGGCUGAAACAACUAAUGCUGUUGAAGCAAGCUCUGAUUUGAAUCAGGCUACUAUUACAGAAGCCUCGACUAUGAUACAUUCAGAUGUAGCAGAACCUACUGUGGAUACAGAUAAAGUAACCGUAAUAGAAACAGCUGUUUUAGAAACAACGGAUGAAUUGAAUAAGGUGUCGUUGAUAGAGACGUCCAAUGCCACGGAAAGCAGUUUAAUUACAGAACCGACUAUAGUUGAUACACCUACUGUAUUAGAAUCUGUAAGUGAUUUGGAAAAAUUGGACGUGACUGAAACAACUGAUGCUGUUGAAGCUAGCUCUGAUUUGAAUCAGGCUACUAUUACAGAAACCCCGACUAUGGUACAUUUAGAUGUAGCAGAACCUACUAUGGAUACAGAUAAAGUAAUCGUAAUAGAAACAGCUGUUUUAGAAACAACGGAUGAAUUGGUAGAUAACGUAACGUUGAUAGAGACGCCCAAUACCACGGAAAGCAGUUUAAUUACAGAACCGACUAUAGUAGAUACACCUACUGUAUUAGAAUCUGUAAGUGAUUUGGAAAAAUUAAAUGUGGCUGAAACAACUGAUGCUGUUGAAGCAAGCUCUGAUUUGAAUCAGGCUACUAUUACAGAAGCCUCGACUAUGAUACAUUCAGAUGUAGCAGAACCUACUGUGGAUACAGAUAAAUUAAUCGUAAUAGAAACAGCUGGUUUAGAAACAACGGAUGAAUUGGUAGAUAACGUGUCGUUGAUAGAGAUGCCCAAUACUACGGAAAGCAGUUUAAUUACAGAACCGACUAUAGUAGAUGCACCUACUGUAUUAGAAUCUGUAAGUGAUUUGGAAAAGUUGGAUGUGACUGAAACAACUGAUGCUGUUGAAGCAAGCUCUGAUUCGAAUCAGGCUACUAUUACAGAAGCCUCGACUAUGAUACAUUCAGAUGUAGCAGAACCUACUGUGGAUACAGAUAAAGUAAUCGUAAUAGAAACAGCUGGUUUAGAAACAACGGAUGAAUUGGUAGAUAAGGUGUCGUUGAUAGAGACGUCCAAUGCCACGGAAAGCAGUUUAAUUACAGAACCGACUAUAGUAGAUACACCUAUUGUAUUAGAAUCUGUAAGUGAUUUCGAAAAAUUGGAUGUGACUGAAACAACUGGUGCUGUUGAAGCAAGCUCUGAUUUAAAUCAGGCUACUAUUACAGAACCCUCGACUAUGAUACAUUCAGAUGUAGCAGAACCUACUGUGGAUACAGAUAAAGUAACCGUAAUAGAAACAGCUGUUUUAGAAACAACGGAUGAAUUGGUAGAUAACGUGUCGUUGAUAGAGACGCCCAAUACCACGGAAAGCAGUUUAAUUACAGAACCGACUAUAGUAGAUACACCUACUGUAUUAGAAUCUGUAAGUGAUUUCAAAAAAUUGGAUGUGACUGAAAUAACUGGUGCUGUUGAAGCAAGCUCUGAUUUAAAUCAGGCUACUAUUACAGAAACCCCGACUAUGGUACAUUCAGAUGUAGCAGAACCUACUAUGGAUACAGAUAAAGUAACCGUAAUAGAAACAGCUGUUUUAGAAACAACGGAUGAAUUGGUAGAUAAGGUGUCGUUGAUAGAGACGUCCAAUGCCACGGAAAGCAGUUUAAUUACAGAACCGACUAUAGUAGAUACACCUACUGUAUUAGAAUCUGUAAGUGAUUUGGAAAAAUUAAAUGUGGCUGAAACAACUGAUGCUGUUGAAGCAAGCUCUGAUUUGAAUCAGGCUACUAUUACAGAAGCCUCGACUAUGAUACAUUCAGAUGUAGCAGAACCUACUGUGGAUACAGAUAAAGUAACCGUAAUAGAAACAGCUGUUUUAGAAACAACGGAUGAAUUGGUAGAUAACGUGUCGUUGAUAGAGACGCCCAAUACCACGGAAAGCAGUUUAAUUACAGAACCGACUAUAGUAGAUACACCUACUGUAUUAGAAUCUGUAAGUGAUUUCAAAAAAUUGGAUGUGACUGAAAUAACUGGUGCUGUUGAAGCAAGCUCUGAUUUAAAUCAGGCUACUAUUACAGAAACCCCGACUAUGGUACAUUCAGAUGUAACAGAACCUACUAUAGAUACAGAUAAAGUAACCGUAAUAGAAACAGCUGUUUCAGAAACAACGGAUGAAGUAGUGGAUAACGUGUCGGUCAUGGAGACGCCCAAUGCCACGGAAAGCAGUUUAAUUACAGAACCGACUAUAGUAGAUACACCUACUGUAUUAGAAUCUGUAUGUGAUUUGGAAAAAUUGAAUGUGGCUGAAACAACGGAUGCUGUUGAAGCAAGCUCUGAUUUGAAUCAGGCUACUAUUACAGAAACCCCGACUAUGGUACAUUCAGAUGUAGCAGAACCUACUAAGGAUACAGAUAAAGUAACCGUAAAAGAAACAGCUGUUUUAGAAACAACGGAUGAAUUGGUAGAUAAGGUGUCGUUGAUAGAGACGUCCAAUGCCACGGAAAGCAGUUUAAUUACAGAACCGACUAUAGUAGAUACACCUACUGUAUUAGAAUCUGUAAGUGAUUUGGAAAAAUUAAAUGUGGCUGAAACAACUGAUGCUGUUGAAGCAAGCUCUGAUUUGAAUCAGGCUACUAUUACAGAAGCCUCGACUAUGAUACAUUCAGAUGUAGCAGAACCUACUGUGGAUACAGAUAAAGUAACCGUAAUAGAAACAGCUGUUUUAGAAACAACGGAUGAAUUGGUAGAUAACGUGUCGUUGAUAGAGACGCCCAAUACCACGGAAAGCAGUUUAAUUACAGAACCGACUAUAGUAGAUACACCUACUGUAUUAGAAUCUGUAAGUGAUUUCAAAAAAUUGGAUGUGACUGAAAUAACUGGUGCUGUUGAAGCAAGCUCUGAUUUAAAUCAGGCUACUAUUACAGAAACCCCGACUAUGGUACAUUCAGAUGUAGCAGAACCUACUAUGGAUACAGAUAAAGUAACCGUAAUAGAAACAGCUGUUUCAGAAACAACGGAUGAAGUAGUGGAUAACGUGUCGUUCAUGGAGACGCCCAAUGCCACGGAAAGCAGUUUAAUUACAGAACCGACUAUAGUAGAUACACCUACUGUAUUAGAAUCUGUAUGUGAUUUGGAAAAAUUGAAUGUGGCUGAAACAACGGAUGCUGUUGAAGCAAGCUCUGAUUUGAAUCAGGCUACUAUUACAGAAACCCCGACUAUGGUACAUUCAGAUGUAGCAGAACCUACUAAGGAUACAGAUAAAGUAACCGUAAAAGAAACAGCUGUUUUAGAAACAACGGAUGAAUUGGUAGAUAAGGUGUCGUUGAUAGAGACGGCCAAUGCCACGGAAAGCAGUUUAAUUACAGAACCGACUAUAGUAGAUACACCUACUGUAUUAGAAUCGGUAAGUGAUUUGGAAAAAUUGGAUGUGACUGAAACAACUGGUGCUGUUGAAGCAAGCUCUGAUUUAAAUCAGGCUACUAUUACAGAAACCCCGACUAUGGUACAUUCAGAUGUAGCAGAACCUACUAUAGAUAGAGAUAAAGUAACCGUUAUAGAAACAGCUGUUUUAGAAACAACGGAUGAAUUGGUCGAUAACGUGUCGUUGACGGAUACGCCCAAUACCACGGAAAGCAGUUUAAUUACAGAACAGACCACAGUAGAUACAUCCACUGUAUUAGAAUCUGUAAGUGAUUUGGAAAAGUUGGAUGUGACUGAAACUACUGAUGCUAUUGAAGUAAACACUGCUUUCAUGCAGGCUACUAUUACAGAAACUCCGACCAUGGUACAUUCAGUUGUAGAAGAAGUAAUGAAUGAUGGUGAAUUAUCUGGUGUCAAACAAACUGUUCAGGAUUCAAUUCAAGAAGCUGUCGAAAUAGCAUUUGAAAUAACGGAAACGGGCAUACCUGCUGAUGCAGAACAAGUAUUAACAACCUCAGUUCCCAUUUUACAGUCUCCUAUAGUAACCGACGAAACUGUUAUGGAGAUUCCAGAUGUCUUGGAAACAACAUCUAAUAUGCUAGAAAAUGUUGUUUUAGUUGAAUCCCAAAGUGUUACUGAUGGAAAUAUUUAUAUGGAACAGAUCAUGGUUGAAUCACCCACUAUUUUACAAUCAGUUACUGAUAUGGAAAAAAAUGCUACAUUAGAACUACCUAAAGCGGUAGAAACAUCACUCGAUUUGAUAGAAAAAGUCUCUAUCAAUGAAACUGCUUCUAUCUUAGAUCCUGUCUUAGGCAAUGAAUUGACAGAUGAAAAUAUAUGUGAUAUCAAACAAUCUGUUACUAAUUUGAUACAAGAAGCUGUUGAGCAAGCAUGUCAUAUUACAGAAACAGCAACGGAUGUACUACAAAAAGUUUCUGAAGAGACAUCGGCUGUGAUAGACUCUGUUUUGAAAUCUCCUAUAGAGUCGGAGCAUAUUUUUGCACCAGAAACUCUAGAUGUUCUAGAAACAACCAUGAGUCUGUUAGAAAAUGUGACUGAAAUCGAACCCCCGAGUCUUGUAGCUAGCAACAUAAACGAAGAGCAAAUUGUAGUUGAAUCACCAACUGUGUUACAAUCCACAACGGAUAUAGAAAAAUUAGAUGAUAUAGAAGCAUCUAACGCCAUUAUUACGUCAACAGAUAUGUUUGAAAACGUGUCUAUUAUGGAACCACUAUCCGUUUUAGAACCUAUAGAAGAACAAUUACUGCUAGAUGCAGAUAUCCUGGAAACGGCAGUAGUCACAGAAGAGAGUCUUGACAAACAACAAGCUGACAGCGAGACUACAAUUAUUGCUAAUGAUAUUUCGAAUGUAGAUACUAGUAGCGCGGCUGUGGCGAAACUUACUGAAGAACCAUUAGAAUCGGUAACCAACUCACAACCAAUAACAUUGACUUUGAAAACCGCUGAUUUUCAACAGGAAUUAACUGUACCGGUUGAAAUCAGUGAAAUCCGGUCAGAAGAGGAUAUCCAAAAACCAAUUGAAACGGCCACUCUUGUUCAACACAUAGACGAGCUAACUUCAGCUUCUAUUGCUGAAACCGUCGAAGUUUUAUCGAAAUUCAUUGAUGUCAGUGAACUCAAAGAGUCAAUAGCGGUUGCGAAUGAAUUAAAAGACAGUUUCAUUGAAGUUGAGAAAGUUAAAACGGAAGAAGUGUCAAAAGAACAGGCCAAAUUGGUCGAAAAACUUCAAGGAGCAUUAGAAGCUUUUCAGGCUAUUGUUGUAGAAAAUACUGAGAAUAUUGUUCAAAAUCUGGAUGUAAAUGAAUGGGCCAAAGUAACCGAAGUUGUAACACAUUUACAAGAUGAUUUGGCUAGAGCAACUAUUACAGAACCAACGACAGAAAUGGCAGGAGAAUCAAUGCACCACCUAGAAACCUUACUCCAAGAGGUCACCGACAAGAUCGGAACCACGGAGCGAUCUUCAGAUGACACAGAAUCAUUACGUGAUAAUCUCGACGAGAUCCAAACCGUUAUCAUUAAGCUGAAGAGAGAUUACGAUGGUGCAUCGAAUGACACGCUCAAUGAAACUCUAGAGGACUUAGAGUGCAGUGUGAGGAGUGUCCAACUGCAGAUCACUGAGGACAGUCCACCAGAGCUGUUGCAAGAAGCUUGUGCAACAUUACAAUUGUUGGUUAAUAACAUGAGUGCUACAGGGGAUAUCACAGGUACCGUAGUAAAGGAAGUAAAAACAGACAGUUUACUAGAAAAAUGUUCCGAUGAAACUGAGGCAACGGUAAAGUUACUAAACAUUGCAAUUGAAAAUAAAGGAGAUUUGUCAAAAAUAGUGGAAAACCUUAAUGUUCUUAGAGAUGUCAUGCAGCUUCUCAGAAACAAUUUCCUAAAAGACGCAGACACUUUAAUAGACAAAGGCGUUGAAGUCAUUCAAAGUUUAGAUCAGGUAGAAGAGAAAGUGUUUGCUUUAGAAAAAGAUAUUGUAGAAAUACCAGAAUCGGUAAAAGAAAGUAUAUUUAAUGCGGUACAUUCUGUAUAUAGCAGUAUCUCUAACAUGAGGAGUACUGUUCAAAGUAUACAGAAGAGAUACAUGUAUGAUAACUACGGAAAACCAUCCGAAAGUAUAUUGAAAGCAAUAAAAAAUGUACAAAAUAAGGAUUACAAUAACUUUUCGAAGUCCCUUCGAAAAGUUUUGAAUCACUUUGAAGAUAUCAAGUUUUAUAUUAACUUGGAUAAAACUGCAAGAUUACCGAGUGAUGCUGCAUUUACAAAAAUUAUUCUAAAUGAAUUAAAAUUAACUAUUAAUGAAAAUGUUACACCACAUUCCAUAUCCAGUCCAGAGGUUACUAGAACUUACUUAGCAGCUAUUAAAGGCAUAAAAUCUAAUCUUAAUAAAAUAGAGUCCUUGACUACUUUAGAAGUGAAACAAAAGAUACCAAUUUUCAAAGAUAUAGCAACACUUCUACUAAAAAUGACUGAUGCAAUCGCUAAAUCUUCUGAGAUAGAAGAUAUUGUUUUAGAAGAUAGCGUAGAAGUUAAGCCUGAUGUUGAAACUCACGAAAAAAUUGAAGCAACACAAUUAAAUGACCUAGAAAGUAAUAAGUUGGCUGACACUGUGCAAUUAUUAGAAAGUACUACAGAAGAAUUAAAGGUUAUAGAUCAGCAAAUAGAUCAUUCGGCAAUUAGGAAUGAUGCAGAAAUUCUAGUAAGUGAAACUACUGAUUCCUCGAGUCAAUUGAAAAUUACUGCGGAAAUAGUCGCUAAAGCAGAGACAGAUACCACAACAACAGAUAAAAUAACUACGGAGGAAAGUAUCAAUAAAAGCCUCAAAGAGGUUUCAAAAGACAACGUACAGGAAGAUACUGCGACUCUGGCAAGUAAAGGCCAAGAACCUCAAACAGCUGAUCUAUCUUUAAAACCAGAGUUUCUAACAGUUGAGCCUCAGCCAAGUACAUCAAAACAGGAAGACACGGAACCAUUGUUAUCAAUCAGUAAAGAAGAACAAAGUGAAAAACGAGAACUGGCUGCUAGUUUUGAACCAAGUGAAAAUAAAACUCAACAAGGCAGUCUUAAGGCGGAUGCAAGCAUAACGAAAGACCACAUGGCAGAGAUUCCAAAACCAGAAGAUAAGGACAUCAAAGAAGAACAAAGGACAGAUGUGUUAGAGAAGAAAGAAGAAGAGCCAAAAACAGAAACACAAGAACCGGCAAUAUCUAAAACGAUUAAAAGUUUAAAGCCAAAGAAAGACGAAGAAACGCAAACAGAUGAUGAAGAAGAGGUCAUUAAAGAUUUAACCGAGAAAACCCAAGAGACAAAAAUACAAGAGUUGAAAACAGAUCAAGAUAUCGAAAAAGCUCUGUCUGAAAAAGCAUCUGACGCCGAGCUUCAGGUGAGCACCUUAGAUAAAUCAAAAGAAACAGAAAUCUCUAUAAAGAAGGAACAAGAGGAUAAUAAAGAUUUCCUUCAAGCACAAAAACCAAUCCCAGAAAAGGAGGAGGUUGUAGUAAAGCAAAAAAACGAACAAGAAGAAGAAAACAAUAAGGUGGAAUUAUCACAAAAAGAACAAUUGAAGAAACAACAAAAUUAUCCAGCUCAAGAAGAACGAGAAAAACAACAGGAUAUGGGAGAAACAGAGAAGAAAGUUGACAUUGUAGCUCAACAAGAAGUAAACGAUAGUGAGCCUAAGGAAACACUAGAAAAGAAAGCUGAAGAAGAACAAAAAGAGCCUGAUCUUAAGGAAGGCCAACAAAACAAAGAGUUUAAGCUGAAAACAGAGCAGUUUGAAGAGACGAUUCAACCAGCAGAGGUAGUAAAAGAAACAAUUUCUAAAGAAGAAGCAAUAGAAGACUCAAAAGCAGAAGAAAAGGAAACUAUGCACGAAGAAUUUAGAGAAACGGACACUAAGAUAGAACAGGAAAACAAAGAAGCUUUGGAUGAAUUAAAUAAAGUCGAUGAUGCUAAACCUAAAGAAACGAAAGAUAGGCAAACUGAAGAACAAGUUGAUAAGGCUGACCUUGACAAACAACAAGGUGAGAAAGAAGCAAAAUUAAAACAAAUAGAAGAAGCAAAAGAGGCUCUGCUCAAGAAACAAGAAGAAGAAAAAGAAGCUAAACUUAAGGCAAAACAAGAAAAGAAAGAAGCUAAGCUUAAAAAAAUACAGGAAGACAAAGAGGCUAAGCUUAAAAAAGAGCAGGAAGAAAAAGACGCUAUAGCUAAACAAGAACAAGGUGAGAAUGAAGUGCGGCUAAAACGAGAGCAAGAUGAAAAGGAAGCAAAACUUAGAGCUGAAGAAGAAAAACAAAAGCAGGCAACACUUGACAAAGAACUAGAGAAAAUGGAUACUAAAGUUAAACAAGAAGAAGAAGAUGCUCACCCUACAGAAGAGCAUGGAGAAAAUGAAAAGAGCCUCAGGAAAGAGCAAGAAAACAAAGAAGCUGGUCUAAAACAAAAACAAGAGAGAGAUGAAAAGACUGAAUUACGAGAAGAUAAACUUAAGGAAAAACAAGAGGAACAUGAGGCUAGUCCAAAACAGACCCAGCAUGAGCAUGUAACUGACCUUAAGUCCGAAGAAGAAAAAGGAUCAGAAGAGGCUAAGCUGAAGAUAGGACAUGAAGAAAAGAUUAAAAUUGAACAAGAAUGUAAUGAAACUUCUGUUCAAAAUGUAAUAGUGGAGCAGAAAGAAAACCUCCAAAUUGAAGAAGAGAUGAAAGAGGACAAACCCAAGAAAGAACAGGAGGAAAAAGAUUCCGUGGUUAAAACAGAGCAAGAAACAAUUGAAGCUGCUGUCAAAAAAGACACGAAGGAGCUAAAAGCCGAGCUUAAACUUAAAGAAAAAGAGUCUAACCUCAAAAUAGAACAGGAAGAAAACGCCAAAAUUGAACAAGAAAAAAAAGAGGCUGUUGUCAGGAAAGAAAAGGAAGAACAAGAAGCUGAGCUUAAAGUAGAGGAAGAAAAGAAAGAGGCUAAGCUAAAAAAAGAACAAAAGAAAAAAGAUGCCAAGGUUAAAGCGGAAGAAGAAGAAAAAUUCAAAAAAGAAAAACAUGAUGCUAAACCUGAAGAAGACCAACGAAAGGAAGAAGCUGCUCUUAAUAACGAAGGGUUGAAGGAAAGUCAGCUUGUACAAGUAAAAGAAGAAUCACUUAAUAAAGAAACACUUGAGAAAAUGCCUGGCCUCAAAGAAGAUCAAAAGAUAAAAGAUGAAGAGCACAAGCAGGUAGUAAAGAAGGAGAAAGAGUCUAUCCUCGAAAAGCAGGAUGAUUCUAAGCGUGAAACAGCCCAGGAUGAUAAUGAAACCAAAGUUGAGGAUCAAGUACAUAAAGACACAUUGCUUCAGGAAAAACAAGAAGACAUAGAAAAUAAGUCGGAACAAAAUGAAAUAAGCAAGAGAGAAGCUGAACUUAAAACACAGGAAAAAAAGAAGGAAAUCACGCCUGAAACGGAUCAAGAGAAACAAGAUACUAAACCGAAGCAAGACGAAAAAGAGGCGCAGCUUAAGAAAGAUCAGGAGGAAAACGACGCCAAUCUUAGGGCUGAAGAAGAAGAAAAACAGGCGAGACUUAGAAAAGAACACGAAGAAAAUGAGAUUAAACUAAAGAAAGAACAGGAAGAGAAGGAGGUUCAGAUCAAGAAAGAACAAGAGGAAAGAGAAGCUCAACUUAAGAAAGAACAAGAAGAACAAAAAAUAAAACUGAAACAAAUACAAGAAGCCAAGGAGGCUCUACUUAAGCAACAAGAAGAAGAAAAAGAAGCUAAACUUAAGGCAAAACAAGAGAAGAAAGAAGCCAAACUUAAAAAAAUACAAGAAGACAAAGAAGCUAAGCUCAAAAAGGAACAAGAAGAAAAAGAUGCUAAACUUAAACAAGAACAGGAAGAGAAAGAAGCUCAGCUCAAGAAAGAACAAGAAGAGAAAGAGGCAGUUAUUAAAGAACAGGAACAAAAAGAAGCUAAUCUUAAGAAAGAACGAGAGGAGAAAGAAGCUAAGCUUAAAGCAGAAAAAGAAGAAAAAGAGGCGAAGCUUAGGAAAGAACAAGAUGAAAAGGACACUAAACUUAAGUUGGAGGAAGAAAAGAAAGAAGCUUCUCUUAAGAAAGAACAAGAGGAGAAAGAAGCUAAGCUUAAAUCAGAAAAAGAAGAAAAUGAGGCGAGACUUAAAAAAGAACAAGAUGAAAAGGAAGCGAAACUUAAGUUGGAGGAAGAAAAUAAAGAAGCUACUCUUAAAGCAGAAAAAGAAGAAAAGGAUGCUCAGCUGAAAAAGGAACAGGCCGACAAGAAUGCUAAACUUAAAGCGGAGGAAGAAAAGAAAGAAGCUUCUCUUAAGAAAGAACAAGAGGAAAAGGAAGCUAAGCUUAAAGCAGAAAAAGAAGAAAAGGACGCUAAGCUCAAAAAGGAACGAGCGGAACUUGAUGCCAAAGUUAAAGUAGAGGAAGAAAAGAAAAAAGCUGAUCUUAAGAAAGAACAAGAGGAAGCAGAACAAAGACAGAAAGAGGCUCAGCUCAAAAAGGAAAAGGAAGAAAAUGAUGCUAAACUUAAAUUAGAACAAGAAUUAAGAGAAGCAAAACUUAAGAAAGAACAAGAAGAAGAGGAUGCAAAACAGAAGGCAAAACAAGAACGAAAGAAAGCUAAGCUUGAAAAAAUACAAAAAGAUAAAGAGGCAAAGCUUAAGAAGGAACAAGAAGAAAAGGAUGCUAAGCUUACACAAGAACAAGAUGAGAGGGAGGUUCAGCUUAAGAAAGAACGAGAUGAAAAGGAAGCUCUACUUAAGUCGGAACAAGAAGAGAAAACGCUUAAGAAAGACAAAGAGGAACAAGACGGCAAGUUAAUAAAAGAACAAAAGGAGGAAACUAAAGUCGAAAAAGAACAGGGAAGUUCGGUGGAAAUAGAGGACAAAAAAUCUGUGAAAAAAUCUGAAGCAGAAAAACUUGAAGAAAAACGUAAGGAAAAGAAACGUGAAAAAAUGGAAGAAGAUCAUACAAAAAUGGCUAUUAAAACGGCCCAAGAAGAGAUCGAUGAGAAAUCUAAAAUAGAAAAAGAUAAAAAUAAGAGAAAACAGAGUGCUUCCAAAGAUGACGAAAAACCGAUGCUCUCGGACACAUACAAGACAAAGGAUGAAAAGUUGAAAAAAGGUGAAAGUGAAAUCGAUAUUCAAAGGAAAAGACGAACUUCAAUCGACAAGGAUUAUGGAGAGAUUAGAACCAGAAACACUCGUCGUGAAAAUGGGGAUAUGUAUAGAGAAUCACAGAGAGAUGACAUUAGCUCGUACAGAGUGAGGAAAGUAGACAGUAGGGUUAAAUCAGACUCACAUCAACAAAGGCAUGAUGAAAAGCGUACAUUUGUAGACUACAGCGGCAAAGACUAUACCUCAGAAACUCACUUACAAUAUCACAGAGAUGAUGAGAAACGUAGAUUCGUCGAUCACAGUUCUAGAGACUACACCUCCGAGUUUGCAAGACCGUCUAACUAUAGAGAAAAAACCUAUGAACCUGACAAUUUCCAUGUCGACACAAUUGGUAAAGGGAUGACUAUAUACAAAGCACAAACUUUGGUGUUAGAUGCAGAACUGCGUUCAGGACCGCUUCCAGAUUUGCGUUCAUCUGUACCCCGUCUUGAUUCUCGAAGAAGUGAACCUACAGAGAGAAGAACAGAAUUGAGACACAAAACGAAAGCGGUUAGUGAAGCGAGAAGUGUUUUAUCAGAAAAACGCUCAAGCAUGCCUCGGGAUGUGAGAAGAAAGCCGGUCUUUUCUACUUAUUUGACUGACAGAACCGCCGUGGAAGGGUCUAGAGUGAAACUAACAUGUAGCGUACUUUCGUCCGCCGAGCCUACCAUCACUUGGUACAAAAAUGGCGUGUUGAUCGACAAUAAACUAAAGUAUAGAACCAAGUUCAUAGAUGGUCUUGUUACGUUGGAAGUUAUGAAUGCAAUACCAGCGGAUUCGGCUGAAUAUAACUGUACGGUGGAGAACGAAAAUGGAUCCGUUAGCAGUACGGCUACUUUGAAAGUGUAUCCCAGUUUUGAGGCGUCGCCGAUACCGCCGACCUUCACAAGAUCAAUCAGAGAUACUUACCACCUCGCUGAAAACGAGCUAGUACUCGAAUGCCGCAUCCGCGGUCAACCACUCCCCACCAUAACCUGGCUGAAAGACGACCAACCAAUCACCGACGACCGCUAUCAGGCCUACUACCUCGCCGAUGGAGUCUGCCGGAUAGCUAUAAGUCGUCCGGUACCGGAGGAUGGCGGGAAAUAUACCUGUAAGGCGGAGAAUUCUGUCUGGUGCGAUCAGAUUACGCACGUCGUUAGUUUUACUGGUAAAGAGACACGUCUGAGCCCCAACAUCCACACAAUCGAGCGUUCCCGCUUCACACGCCAAGCUAUGGAGUCCCGCCGUCCCCACUUCACCAACGUACUAACCGACUAUAAGGUCGCUCGAGGGGGCACGAUAGGCCUCCAAGUAGAGAUCCGAGGAUGCCCCACAAGAGUUGAAUGGUUAAGGGAAGGAAAAUCUGUCACGGAUGUGUACAGAAACGCUAAGACUUAUGUGGAACAAGGAUUGUAUACGCUAGCGUUGUCCGAUGUCACCGAAAAGGAGACGGGUCUAUAUACGUGCAGGGCGUGGAGUAUGCAUGGGAAUGUGGAUAUGAACGCAGCGAUAACGGUGGUGCAUCCUGAAUUGGAUGGAAAACCGGCUAUAAUAGUUGGGAGACCCGAAAAGGAUGUGUUGAUCUCGGUGGGGGAGGAUUUGAAUAUUUCUUUUAGGGUGCAAGGGGACCCGAAGCCUAAAGUUGUCUUCAUGAAAGGCACCCGCGACAUCACCAACAGCCAACGCGUCUGCAAAAUGACAUCCGAUGACUACGUCAAGUUCACCGUGAAGAGAUCCGUCGUAUCUGACGCUGGCACGUAUUGCAUAUUCGCGAGGAACGCGUACGGGUGUGAUCGCGCGUUCGUCACAGUUGUGGUGCGACAGAGGGCGUCGUCAGAGAACCUAAUUUCAGACUGGACGUAUCCUUUGGAUGACUCCGCUAUUUCUUACGGCAGUCGAACAUAUGACACCGUGCCGCGUAUACCGAGCGAGCCCAGUGUCGUGGACGGUGGAAACAACUGGGUGUCGCUAGCCUGGCCGAAACCGGACACGACCACCCCUGUCCUUGCUUAUAAAGUUGAGAGCUGGCUGCUUGGCAAAGAAGGAGGCGCGCGCUGGACCGAGCUGGGAAUAACCCCAAGAAAUUGCUUCGAUGUGUUCAACUUAAAGCAAGGAGAGCAGUACCACUUUAGAGUGACUUUAAGAAACCGCUACGGCUGGGGUGAAUCCGUCCAAACUUCAACACCUAUAGGCGUCGGUCUGACUGGCGACCGUCCCGAGUUCGUAGACAUACUACCAGGACAAUUGAAAGUCCUCAUUGGAACGACGGCAAACUUGAGUUGUAGCGUCAAGGGCAAGCCUGUACCUGAGGUUGUUUGGAUGAGGAAUGGUCAGGAGAUCGAAGACGAGCGAAUGAGGGCUUCCUUCAACGGGUACGACUGUAGGCUGGUGAUCAGUGAUAUCAGGGAGGAUGAUGAGGCCCGGUACAGCUGUGAGGCCAGCAACGAGCACGGGCGGUCGUCGACGUACGCCCGGCUGUCGGUCGUUACGGAUAAACUUUUGUGGGAAGCUGAUGCGAAGCUGAAAAGAGAACGCUCUUCCGACGUGUCCGGCGACUAUCCUCCCCAGUUCACGAUGCGGCUCCGUGACCGGCGCGUGCAGGCGACGUAUCCGGUCCGACUCACGUGUCAGGUCGUCGGGUGUCCGACGCCGAGCGUCACCUGGUAUAAGGACGGCGAGGAGGUGUAUAAAGACAAUCGCCAUACGCACUUCAAAGAUGAGCUAUUCCACACACUAGAAAUCGCGCCGUGCACGCUAGAGGACGGCGGCGUGUAUUCGUGCACGGCACGGAACUCGAGCGGUGCGGUGUCGUGCCGGUGCAGUCUCGUGGUCGAUAAGGGGAUCCGUGCGUACGUGGCGCCUGAGCUGUGCUGCGGUUUGGACCCGCUUUAUAGGCUCCGAGAAGGUGAUGAACUGCGAAUAACAGCCGUAGUAGAAGCGUAUCCAUCAGUCGGUGUGACCUGGUACCGGGACGGCAUCCGUCUCCGUCCCUCCCGCCGGGCGGUCAUGACGCUAGACAGAGACGGACAGAUAGAGCUGGCUCUGGCGUCGGUGACGGCGCGCGACGCGGGGGUUUAUACGUGCACAGCGGCCAACGAGGUUGGGAGCGCGUCCACAUCUGGGAAGGUGGAGGUUAUAGAGGGACCAGUGGUUGAGAAGAGGGCACCACCGACACUGGUUGGUCCUGACGUUCCGUAUUCCAAAGAACCCAUGUUCAUCCGGAAGCCGCGGUCCAGCGAGGCCUAUGAGGGCGACACCGUCAUCAUAGAGUGCGAGGUCACUGGUGAUCCCAAACCUGACGUCUACUGGCUGCGAGACUUCCUCAAGCCCGAUUACUACCGCGACGCGAGCCACUUCAAACGAGUAGGCGCCGGCCCAGAGUACAGAUUCGAGAUUCCUCACGCAAAACUAGACUACACUGGCGCCUAUUCCGUCGUCGCUAGGAAUGUCCAUGGGGAAGCUAAGGCUAUUAUUUCUCUGCAAAUCUUGGCUAAAGAUCUCACGUCAGGGGAUGAUUCUCACAAUGUCAGAUAUGGCCGUGUGGACGUCAUACCCCGUUUCGAGCGGAACCUCAACGAUUUGUUGAGCUACGAUGGUGACGCUGUUGAGUUUGAGUGUCGAGUUAGCGGCCAUCCUGAGCCUGACAUCAGAUGGUACCACUAUGCUGAGUUGAUCCGCGACUGCCCCUACCUGGAGUGCACGCUCGAAUCCGGCGCCGCCAGACUGAAGAUCAAACAAGUUACGGCGGAUGACGAAGGCACUUACACUUGUGAGGCCUAUAAUAACCUUGGCAAGGCCUCUACCAGCGCUUGCCUAGUCGUGUACCCGCCCGGCGAGCCGAACACGUUAUCGGCGCGCCUGCGCCGGCCGCUCUCCGCCGUCUCCACGCCCCGCUCCACGCCCCGCUCCACCCCCGCGCGCUCGCUCUCGAGGACCACUACCCCCGCACCCGACAUGAAGCGCCAAUCCAGCCCGUCGCGCCAAACGGCGCCCAGUUUCUACACAUAUCCCUUCAACAAGGUCGUCGAGGAGGGUGAAACGGUCGUCUUCCAGUGCGCCGUCAAAGGCCUCCCCUCCCCCUGGGCCACGUGGGACAAGGACGGCGUUAUAGUUACCCCCUCCUCCCGCAUCACGAUCAAAGAAAAAGACGAGAUAAGGAAACUUGAAAUAGAACAUGUGACCAUUGAAGACGUAGGCUUAUACAGAAUCAGUAUAGAGAAUGACUACGGAAGAGCUGAAGGUACGGCGAGGUUAGAAGUUAUAACGCAAAACGGGAAAUUCCACGCUGGUGUUAGAGCGUACAGCGCGUCGCCGCGACGCUCGGCGCCUUACAGGAAAACGACCACAUCUAUAUCGAAAGACUGAGAUCGGAAUUGAAACGGAGCUGCGAGUGAUUUUUUUUUCUAUUAUUUAUCUGUGCAUUUUACUUUUAAUUGACUUUUCGUACGGCCAGUCACAAGACUUCGAGGUUCAAGCAUGUUAUUUGACAGUGAACUCUGUUUACUGGCAAAUAAGGUUUAUUUUUAUUUGUUAUUGGUUUGUAUUUAAUUUAUGUACGUUAUACUAUUAUUUUCCCUCUCGUGUAUAGAGGAGGCCUAUGUCAAGUAGUGGGACGUGUAUAGGCUGAAUUAUUAAUUAUUAUACUAUUAUUUAUUGAUA